UAAAGCCUCCGAUCCCCGAGGUUAUGCUGGAUCCUUUCUAUAAGAAGAACAAUCAGAAACCUCAAACUAUGCCAGCUGAAGUCCUGGGCAACAUGACCUCUGCAUCCCCACUUAAACCCUCCAUAAGUUCUUCUAUGCAAAAUUCUGUCAUGCAGUCUGGGAACACUGGUUCACCCAGCUCACACGAUCUAAUGUCAAAUGGUAGCAACCACACGCCACAAGGAUAUGCACACAAUAAACACAACAAAUUUGCAUCUUCCACUUCAACACUACAGUCAGAAAGCACCUUAGGCCAAUUGAACACAAUGCCAAAGCAGGGUCACACAGUGCGUUCAAACCACUCCAGCAACACAGACAUCUCGUCCCAACCUACAGACUCAAAUAGUGAAGAGAGCAACAGCAGUCAGCAAAUCAGCCCCAUAAUCCAUCUGUCUGCACUGGAAGACCUGGAUCAUGGCCAGUGGCGUAUUGUCCAGGCCCAUUGGGAGCAGCUAGAAGAGAUGGAAGCUUUAUUUUAUAAAGAGGGGACUCUUCUGUGUCAGCAACCUGAAAUGGCAUUUGGGGAGUAUGUCCACAAACUGGAAGAUAUAAUGGAGAGAAAGGCUCGGUGUGUUCACAGCAUGCUAGCUCAGCUGCGGCCAUAUCUUAAGCCCAGUUACUCUAACCAGCCACACAACCAAGAAGAAGAUAAUCAUCAUCCAAUUACUUGAAUUAACCAUACUAAACGGGAGUAUUUGUAUUUUUAAGUGCAGCCUACACAGUGGAGAGAUGGCAGUUAUGCAAAGCAGUGCUGUUUAUGAGUGCACACUGGCUACACU